GGGCGGUAAUGUGUCUACAUCAUGAUUGCAGUGCAACCCAAGAAGAAGAAGAAGAAGACGACAAUAGCGACAAAUUAAUAUAUACACGAUAUUGAGAUGAGGCAGCGAGUCUUCACCGGGGUUGUGACGCAGCUUCAGGACCGCCACGGGACUGUAGACCGGGAUGUUCGCUUUGCAAUGAGCGUUGUUGUUGGAAGACCGCCGUUGGUUGGCGAGAAAGUGCUGGUGAAGGCGGUGCAGGAUCCUUCGCAGUCAGUCAAGUGGACCGCACAAAGAGUGCAGGUGCUCAAUGGACAGCCGUUUAAGUCUCCUCCGCCUCUACUACACUCCACGACACCGACCCUGACGCCGAGCAUUUUGGGAAACAAACGUCAACCACUGUUAAAGUCACCUAAAAUACCACCACUGAUCCCUGGCAUGCAGCCGAACCCGGCUGGCAUGCUUCAGUUACCCCACCAUCAGAAGAUGCCCUGGUCUGCUCCAUGGAGUGGCGGAAGCAGGAAGAGACACAAUGAGGUUGUGGCAGGGCGUAGAGGCCGACACUGGGAGGAAGCCAGCGGUUCUUGGGGAAGCGACAACGCACAGCAGAAGAGACGACGAUGGAAAGCCCCGACUGAGGAGGAAACCUUCAAAAAGAGCACCUCUCAAACCAGCAUGAGCUCUCCUCUCUUCUCCUUUUUCCCCCGUGACAGUCAGGCCUGUGAUAAUCUGGAGCUGCAGCGGCGAUACCCACACCUCCAUGCUCCCCAGUCUCUCUUUCACGUGCAGCUUUGCUGGCCCGAGAGCUUCCCUCCCAGCCAGCCGUUUCCUCUCGCAGGACCUUGUCAGUUCCACAUAGGCUCGCAACAAGCUAAGACCGAAUCGACCGAAUCGACGCCGUCUCCGUCUCCAGACUCCACAGAUGACUCCAUCUUCUCAGUUAAGGUGCUGUUACUGUCCAUGCCUGGCAUUGAGGACUUCUACACUCAGUGCUGUAACUAUGCGGAGGACAGUAAGGCACAUGGAGAUGCGGUCCACCCUACGGCGCUGUUCAAGUUUUUAUUACUGGAGAAAGCAGGUGAGCUGCAGCUCCCUGGAGGUUCGUGGUCCAAAGAGGACGGGUCCAGUCCAGCCAAAGACAGUAACACUAUCAUACACACUGCAGUGCGCUGUGUAAUGGAACAGACCGCUCUGGACCUUUCAGCUUGCACACAGUGGCACAAAAUGGCCGAGCUGAGAUUGCUCUCCGGGGAUAAAAUGGAGACGAUCGCCAUCUUGAUGCCAGAUGUAUGGAAUCUCAUGCCGACAACAGAAGAGUGGGCCAAGUUACAGGAAGAGCAAGGGGAGGAUGAGUCUUCUCUUCCUGAAGCGCCUUCACUGGUUGUCCAACCCUGUGCAGGAUUCACACUGUCCACAGUCUCUCUCUCAUCUUUAUUAGAGCCGCGGGCGUCGCAGAGCAGAGAUGCGUUCGGGGUGGGUUUGGUGAGCGAGCUUUUCAGCGAGAUGCUCCAAAGGGAUUUUGGUCUGCAGCUCUACCACUCCCUCUGCAGCCUGCCUCAGACUCCGACUGCUACGCUUCCCGAGCCUGAAACACAGACAGAGGACACCAGAGCCACCCUGGAUGAUGAGGCCAAAGAUUCGAGUAGGGACGUGAGAAAGAAAGGAGGGAGUGACACCAAGAACACCGCAAAGGAGGAAGAUGAAGGGACCAAAAUAGAACACGAGCAGAGUGAACACCAGGCAGAGAAUGAGGAAGAGGCAGAGAGCCACGCAGAGGCUGAAGAAUCACUGGGUGCUGAUGGACUUGACAAUCAGUCACUCAAAGACAUAGAGUUUCCCCGUAGGGUCCUUCUGUCCUGGGUGUUUUUCGACAGGCAGCUCUCUGGCUUCCUGAGAGAAGACGACCUCCAGAACAUCCUGCUCUCUCUCGGCCUUUACCUCACCACCUCUCAGGCACAGGAUCUGGUCAAAAAGAUGUCUGUGGAAGGGAAGUGCAUGUACCGUAAGCUGUGCUCUCGCUGGACCGACUCAGACGAGGUGGCUUAUGACCUCUGUGCUGAGGGAAAUAAAUCCCUGCUGCCGACGGGGCUGCCUCGUAAAGAGAAAGGCUCUUCCCGUCGCUCAUCCAGCAACACUAACCCAGACGUAUUAAACUACAAAGGGAGCGUUCUAAACAUCCCUAAUCUUCUGCAACGUCUGGAGAGCAGCAAAGCAGCACAGCACGAGAUGGAGAAAAGGAUUGCUGACCUACAGGCAAAGCUCGAGGCAGCCAAAGCGAAGCCAGCAUCAGAUGAGCAGGAGCAGCUGAAAAGCAGGUUAGAGAAAGUUGAAGCACUCAACAAGACCUAUGAGAAAAAUCUAAAAGAGAACGCCGGCCACAUGCUCACAGUCAUUGAGAAGAUGCAGAAAAUGGUAGAUCAGACGACAAGCCUGACAAGGACAAAAGACAUGAAAGGAGACAAAAACUAGCAGUUUUUUACAUGACCGACUCGGGCAGGGGCAUUUUAAAAACCUCGAAACCAAUUUAUUUUUCACCUCUUUUAAACCUCUUUUCGGACGUGAAUGAAGUUAUACAUUUUUAUUUUAAAAUGUUUAAAAAUGUUCAGCUUGGCGUAUCGGUGGCACGCUUGGUGAAAAUCUGAUUUUGUUAUUAAAAAAAAGAAUAAAACUAAACAAACUAGCAUCUUUGAAUAGCAGGUUUGAAUAGCAUCUUAGAGCCUGUGCAGAUUUAUUUAAUGGGGGAAAUUAUGUUCUAUUAACUAUUAUUAUUAUUAUUGUUGUUGUUUGCUUUAUUUCUGUUUAAUCCCAUAAGUAUAAGGAUGAUUUGAUGAUGGAGGCUGACUUUUUUUUUUUUUUUUUUGUCUCUUGUGUAAAAAUAAGUUGCUGUAUGUAUAUUUGCCAUCAGUGCUGCUGAGACUGAAUGGUCCGUUGUUGCAGAUUUUUUUUUCUACAUUUUUUCUGAACGUUUAACCUAAUGCUCAUGAAUUGCUCGGACUUCUGCAAUAACCAAAAUCUCAAAAAAGCGAUAAACCUGGCUCUGUUUUGCCGCUUGCUUGUGAAGGCUAUAACAAGGCUUCUGGGUUUAUUCCCCUCUUAAUUUAUAAGUGUCAUUCAGUUCAAUUAUUGUCUUUUUUUUUUCGGCGUUCUCGUUUGCACUUCUGUGAUCCAACAAUAAAAACAUUGUGA